AUGCUCCGCUGCCUCCCGGCUGAUGUCUCUGAGUCCGUGUGGCCAGAGUUCAAGGACCAGCUGGCCCAGGAGACGGGGGAGCUCAAGAUGGGAAAGCCGGAGAAGUUUGACAACUUUAUUGGCCCGGUGAUCCAUGAGCGAUCGUGGGAGAAACUGGUUAGGGUCAUUAAGGACGCGAAAAAAGAUCCCUCCGUCACUCUUUUGGCGGGCGCCAAUACCAGCCGCGAGGUUGGCUGGUUUGUGAAGCCUACCAUCUUCCAGGUCCAGGAUCCGUCUCACAGUCUCAUGAAGAACGAGUUCUUUGGGCCAAUUUUGUCUGUCUACGUGUUCCCUGACAGCAAUUAUGAAGAGACUUUAUCCCUGGUAGACUCGAGCACCAACUUCGGUCUCACCGGUGCAGUAUUCGCCAAGGACCAGUCGGCCAUCGAGGCUGCUGAGCAGCAUCUGCGUCACUCAGCCGGCAACUUCUAUAUCAACUGCAAGAGCAGUGGCGCGUUGGUCAGUCACCAGCCAUUCGGAGGCUCCAGGGCCAGCGGAACCAAUGACAAGGCUACCAGCACAAAUUUGGUCGCGCGUUUCGCCAGCAUCCGCAGCAUCAAGGAGGGCUUCCAGCUGGCAGAUGAGGUCAUGUAUCCUUCGAACGAGGUUUAG